GCUGUUCGUCCUUUGUUUAUGUUUGUGUUCGAGUUGUGAUCGUGAAUCGUGAUGUGUUUACAAAUCGUUAGCUUACAGCGAAGCUUGUAGUGGUCGCCUCGUCGCCUCUCUGUUGCAUUAAAAUCAAAUUUUGCCAAAAUUAAAAAUGGGGUGCUGCACAUCAAAGCCUACGACAUCGUAUGACGAAAAAGGAGGUGACCGUGGAUGUACAGAUGUUUUUUGGUUACUUGUUUACAUCCUUUUUUGGACUUUAAUGAUAUUGGUAGCUGCAUUCUCUUUCGUGUACGGAAAUCCGUUGCGCAUUGUGAACGGUUACGAUUCCUUUGGCAAUAUAUGUGGUACCAAAAAUAAUAAAUAUGUGGGAAGUUUAGAGUUGUCCGGUAGAGAUAUGACCGGCAAGCCAUAUUUGUUAUAUUACGAUAUUAGAGAACUGAAACUAUGUCUGAAGAUUUGUGUUAAAGAGUGUCCGAACCGAAAUAUUAGAGAUAUGGACGAACUGUACACGUAUUACCUUCAAACGCAUAAUGAUAUUUGUAAAUACGAUUUUGACUACAACAGUUUAAGGUAUAUUUCAGACAAGUCAGGAUUUGGGACAACGUUUGGGCCUUGCCCUAAAUCUGUCUACGACAGUGAACCUAUACUAAAUCGGUGUGUACCAAAACUUUUAGGUGAUGUAACUGUUGGUGUAUUGUCUGGGUUUUAUGAUCUGUUAAACAGUUGGGAUACUAUGGAACAAAUUUUGGGGGAUCUGUACAAUAGCUGGCACCAAAUACUCGGGCUCGUGUUUGUUUCAUUGAUUGUCUCUCUUGUUACGGUAGCAUUACUUCAUUUACUUGCUAGCAUAGUUUCAUAUGUGAUGAUACUUGUCAGUAUAGCAUGUAUUGGUGGUACUGGAUUCCUGUGGUACACGUACUAUGAUAUUAGAGUAAAUAAUGCGAGUCACACCAAUAAAUUAAUUCCUGUACUAUCAGAAACGACAAAAAAUGAAACAACAUUCCUCUGGUUCGCCAUUGGGUCUACUAUAAUUACAGUGGUGAUUUUGUUACUCAUUGUUUUUACCCGUAAGCAAGUAGAUUUUUUGUCAAAUCUCUUUAAGGAAACAUCAAACUGUUUAUUACACAUUCCUACAUUAUUUCUGCAGCCCUUAAUUACCUUCAUAUUCUUACUUGCAUUUUUUAUAUUUUGGGUGGUAGUAAUGCUAUGUUUAACUACUGCAUACUACCCAGGUCAGUCGAGUGUGAAUCCAUCUGUACCAAUCGGUCCUGAGAGUAAAAUACCACCAAAUGGAACACUGUCAAAAGCAGUGGGUGAAAUUUCGUUCCCAGAUUUGAAAAAGUUUACAGAAAUUCAAUAUGUUGAUCCAUUGUGGGUAAAGUAUAUGUGGUGGGUAUACUUUAUUGGGCUUAUUUGGACUUCAGAAUUUAUAAUGGCAUGUCAGCAGAUGGUGAUUGCUGGUUCAGUUGCACAUUGGUAUUAUAGGAAUAAGUACAACAACAGAGGAUCACACGUUACAUAUGCCAUUUGCAAAUUGUUGAAAUAUCAUCUGGGUUCAGUCGCACUAGGUUCCUUGCUGAUCACUAUAUUUAAAAUUCCACGUCUGAUUCUCACUUAUCUUCAUGCAAAGUUGCAAGCAAAUAAAGAUAAAGGCAGUGAAUGCGCUAAGUGUGGUCUUAAGUGUUGUAUUUGCUGCUUUUAUUGUUUGGAAAAAUUCAUUAGAUACAUCAACCACAAUGCGUACACGGUUAUUGCAAUUGACGGUACUAAUUUUUGCUCAUCUGCUUGUACAGCAUUUCAGGUGUUAACAUCGCAUAUUAUACAAGUGGCCACCAUCAAUGGUAUUGGAGAUUUCAUCCUGUUCCUAGGAAAGGUUUUUGUCACAGCUUUUACGGGAUCCCUUGGACUUUACUUUUUUAGACAUAACGCCAAAUUAAGUUUCUAUGCAGCUCCAACGAUCAUAGUGUGCGUGUUCUCUUUCUUUGUUGCACACUGUAUUUUAUCGCUGUAUGAAAUGGUACUUGAUACAAUAUAUUUAUGUAUGUGUCAAAACUCGGAGGAUGCUCCUGAAGGAAUGCGGUUAGAAAAUUUGACAAACAGAGCUAACAGAACUCCAGUUGCUCAAGCUCAAGAAUUUGAAGAUAUUCCUAUAAAAUAAGGGUUUUACUUUGCUCAUUAGUGUUGUUGUUUGAGGGGAUUUCCUUGAUGUGAGAUGAGAUGGCUUGGUGUAUAUAAUUUAUAAUAACUUGACGAAAUCUAACUUUUUGCUUGUUUGUUGAUAUGGUUUAAUCGUUUAAAACGAUGCUCUUUCAAGUAGAAUAUGCUCAUCACUUGAUCAAUCUCGUUUUAAUAGACUCCAUUUUUAUUAUACAUUGGAAAAUGACUUCACUAAUGGAGAUUAUUGCGUAAAUCGUUUCUGUAGUUUUUGUGUCAAGUUAUAACUUCGCUUUUGAUGUGCACAAACCACUGCGUCUGUACCUUAAUUAGUUGUACUACACUAACCGUACUUUAACAUUUUGAUGGUUACUAAUUAAAUGUGCCAUAGUCGUGAUGCUCGGCAUGCAAAGAAAAGUUACAAUGUUGGUUGUGCUAGUAGUGAGUUUUUGACGUUUUGAUAGUACAAUUGGAUUGCAUUCAUUUGUAAAAUGUAAAAUGAAACGCUACUGCUUUCUAGACUUGCCUAUUCCGUCCUUACUUAAGUAGGUAACUGUUCGAGCAUCACAUACAUUCCAUAACAGUGCUACCUAAUGAUUUCUUUGAAAAGAAAGGCUAUGCUUUUGUUUACACAGGUUGCUAUUUUUAACACUUUUUAUUAAGACUGACGAAUGCAAAAAGAACCUCAAAUUUGUACCUUUAUAUACACUUCUUUCUGUGAUAUAACAAUUAUUACUCACUCUACGUGAACUAAAUUUCACUAUAAUAAUAUACACACUUAUUUUCUACAGCACGGCAUAAAAUGUAUAUUUUUAUUUAUUGUUAGGAUACAUACAAACUUUUAAUGUACGUUUUUACUGAAGAUUUUUAUCGCUUAUGCUUUUUUAUUCUUGAUUGACAGUGUGAUACACAAAAUCAUUAAAAAAUGGUUCAUAGUAUUAUUAAAAUUCAUAAGUACUGUUAAAAACAUUUAAAAUAUACAAAUUGUUUAGUAGAUGUGGAAAGCACCAAUGUAAUGUUUCAGCUACUAGAAAUAAAUGUAACAUAAUUUCAA